UCCGAGGCCUGGCUCUGAGGAUGGACUGUGCCCUGCUGCUGCUCUCCCUGUGGGCUCUGGCUGGAACGGUGUCCCUGCAGACUUCAGGGUCGUGUCCGGAGAGACUUCUGGGAGACGAGAGGAGGAGGACGUGUCCUCGCCACUGCAAAGACGACAAAGACUGUGGCAGCAAGCGCCAGUGUCUGUGUGACGGCCAGUGUGGUCUCAGCUGUGUGGCUCCAGGUCGUACUUGUCCCUGGCCUCUGGCCUCCGGUGAGAACUCGGCGGCCCACCUCCUCUCACCCACUCACUCCUUCUCGGCCCUGCUUGAGGUGCGCUGCACGCCGGGGUUCUCGUUGCCCAAUGGCUUGGACGCCACCAUUCGCCGUUGUCAGGGUGACCGGCAGUGGAGCGGGGAUGAGCCCGUCUGCACAGAGACUCAGUCGGCCGAGCCUACUGCUGCCCCGGCCUGCCCUCUGCCUGAGGAGGUCAUCGACACCUUCAGCAUCCAGGGCGACGCCACUGUAGGAACCUCCAUCCGCUACAGCUGCUUGUCUGGAGCCGAUAUACUGGGGAGCAGUGAAAACUUCUGUCUGGACAAUCAGACCUGGCAGGAUCCUCAUCCCAUCUGCAAAAAGGUGUACUGUCAGCCUCUACGCGACGUGGAGCAGGGCUACGUGGUGGCCGUGCAGAAGACUGAGUAUGAGGUGGGCUUUGACAUCCACUACCUCUGCAAGAAGAACUUCCUCCUGGACGGACCCCAGAAGGUCACCUGCCUGUCCAACGGCAGCUGGAGCGCGUCACCCCCUUACUGCAGAGCUCGCUGUCUCAUCCCUGCUGAGAGGAGCCGUGUGAUGAUCGGUGGAGUGAAGCGUUGGCCGUUUGACGUGACAGACGCCAUGGUUCCUCACGGAGAGAAGGUGGCGUUCUACUGCAAGCAUCCUCCCAAGGCGUGUAGCUUUACUGCCAUCCAGACGUGCUUCGACGGAAAGCUGGAGCCACCAGCGUGCUACCUGGAGCCCACAUGGCUGCAGUUUAAACUCUUCCCUCAUCGGCUCAUCUCGGAGAUCGAAGAGUGUGAGCACGCUGACGUGGAGGGACGACCUCGCACGUCCGACCUCGGCCCACCACCCGACACUCAAUACUAACCCCCCCCCCCCCCCAGCUCACACCAGCAGCUGUCUCCUUCAGAGAGCUCCACCAUCCUGCUGCUUUGACGAUCAUGGUCGGCUGGACACUGGUGUGCAGGUGGGAUAAUAACCUCCAGUAUAUCUGUCAUCCUCCUCCAGAUGCAAUCAUAGACCUCCAUGAUGAGUGUGUAUAUAUAGUACAAUAGUGUGUGCUAUAGCAGUUAUGUUCAUGUAACCGUAUGACUCUGUGACUUCUCACUCCGCGAUCUCUCUCCUGGCUCAGCCUGACGCAUCAAGCCUUAGGGCUUGUAAGUUUAAAUGAUUUGAAAUAAAAACAAUGUAGAACCAGUUUCCCUUUUUUAUUGUUAUUGAUUGCUUAUAAAUCUGUGUGUGACAUCAAGUGCAUGUUUCUACAUUCCCUACCUGCCUUGUCUCUGUGACUCUGAGGCCGCAGGUUCGAUACUCACAGGCUGAAUGUGGCCACUCGGCCGGUAUCCUGCUCACGUCCCCUGCACACUAUCUCACUGCAGGCGGGACCACAACCUUCAUUCAAGGUACAGAUGCGAUCACAGGCUUCCAUGACACAGGCCCCGUCAGUUAUGAUACCUUCAUGCACUGUGUGAUCUCUCUGUUCAUGUGUUCAGCCUGAUGAAGUCUCAAGGUUUGUAAGUUUGAAAGAUUUGAGGUUAAAUAAUGUGAAAAGAGUUUCUGUUUGUGGCUUUAUGCACAUAAAUCCUCCUCCAUGAUACGUGCUACAGCUGUCAGGAUACCUCCAUGUACUCAGUGUGACCCUGUGAUGUGUGAUUUGACCUCUUCAGCCUGAUGCAUCAAGUCUUCAGGCUUGUCAGAUGAAAUGAUUUUAAAUAAAAAAAAUUGUGUGAAAACAGUUUCCUUUUCUUUCACGUACUGCACAUGUACCCU